AUGGAUCGUUCUGCAAUAUCCUCAAUUUUACGCGAACUUAAUCUAAAUGAAAAUUCUGUGGCUAAUAUCUACAACUAUGGUUCAUGGGUAUAUGGUACCAAUUCACCUACAUCCGAUCGAGAUCUUAUGAUUGUAACUCGAUCACAUUCUCAAGAUCCACUAGAAUUUGAUGAAGAUUUCGAUUAUUUUCAUUCAUUUGAAUUACAUAAAUUAUGGAAUCAAUAUGAUGUUUGUGUUCAUAGUGUUGAAAAUUUCGAACAACUCUUAGAAAAGAAUUAUUUACUUGCUAUUGAAUGUAUAUUUUUACCUGAUGAAUUUAAAAUUAAAGAAGAAAUUGAUUUUCGUCCAAUUUAUCUUGAAAAAUAUUAUGAUAAAUCUCGAUUAAAAAAAGUGGCAUUUUAUGAAAAUCUUACGGCUAUGAAUAUGUAUAAUCCAGAAGAUGACUCAAAUUAUCCAAAACGUAGUUCGAGAUCAAGUGAAACAAGUCAAUCAAGCAAAGAUUAUUUAUUCAAAAUUCUAUUUCAUGGCUUUCGAUAUUUAGACUUUGCUGAACAAUUAAUUCAGACACGUUCAAUCUAUGAUUUUAAACGUGUAACACAUAUAUUUAGUAAAAUGAAAGAUAUACGCGGUGAUCCAACAGAUGAUUCACAUACACAAGAUGUUCUUAAUUUUGUUCAAGAUUUAAGUACUCAAUACAAAGCCAAACUAGAUUCACUUGUACCAACAAACAUUGUCAAAGGUACAUUUGAAGCACAUGUCACAUUUGAAUGUUCACAUGAUACUCAAAACGUUAUUGAAAAAUUAAAAAAAACAUGUGAAAAAACCAAAUACAAAAUAAUAUUUAUUGAUUUGGAUACCAAUCAACAACAUGACAAACUCCAACAAUUAAUGACAUCAUCAUAUCAUUGUGGUGAAUAUCCAGCCAUUGUUAAACAAAUCGAAGAAGAAGUAUACAAACAGUUUCAAGACUUCAAUAUUAUACGUAUUAAAAUCGAAUCAUUAGCAUCCAAUGAAGGUGUACCACAAACAGAUAUUGAUAAAAAAUUAUUUUGGGAUAAAGAAACAAAUUAUUUCGAAUUUCAUUAUAAAGUCUUGAUAGAAAAAGAUUCUAAAGGACAAAAAUUAGCAAAACUUCGAAAUAUAUGUCAAUCAAAUGGUAGAUUUCAUUUACAUGUUUCACGAAAUGCAUUUAAACAACUAGAUGAAACAAACUUUCAUUAUAUGAUUACAAUGCGUUUAUUUGAUGUUGGUCGAGAAAAUGCAUUUAAAAACAGUGAUGAAGUUAUAGAAUAUUUGACAAAAAAUAAUUUUCCACCAUUAAAAGUCGUUCGUGAAUUUAUUGUUUAUGAUACAUAUAUUGAACUUGAUAGUGCAUGGAAAUAG